GGUAAAACCUCCAACUUCGUCGUAGCUGGUGCAACAAAGAAAAUUACAAUAAACCGGAUUAUUAUAAAGAGGUAUGGAAUUUGUCCGGUUGGAAUAUGACUUAGGGAAGGUCAGAGAUCAAACGACACUUAGUCGCUAGCUUCGGCCGCCGUGACUGUUGUUUUGCCAAGUGGCGGGGGGCACAUUUGGCAGGCAGGACUGGAAAAAAAAUGAAAGGCUGAAUGAAUCGACCAUGAGCUUUAAAAAGAGAUCCACAGCCAAUGCUCCAAAAAUACCAGCUGGAUCUCGCAUCAGUGCUUAUAAUGGACAGCUGCUCAUUUCUACUGGCGUCCCGUCUCUGGACGAUAUCCUUGGUGGCGGUUUACCAGUUGGUACAGUGUUGCUGAUUCAGGAAGAUCAACACACGUCGUACGCACAGCUUCUGUUGAGUUAUUUCCUGGCACAAGGUGUUGCCUGUGGACAUCACUGUGCGAUUGCCUCAAUGGACGAAACACCGCAACAGAUUUUGGACAACUUACCCUGGUUAGCUGAGCAAUCCACCUCCAGCGAGCAAGAGUCCAAGUCGUCAAAGCAGGAAAGCGAGGAUGAUAAGAUGAGCAUAGCGUGGCGUUAUCAAUCCUUGAAGCGAUUUGAUACAGGUGUACCUGCGCGUAGUGUUCCCGCACCUAUACCGCAAACAUCCAAGCAAGCCGCAGGAGCAGGUCUCCCGGAAAUCAACUUCUGUGACACUUUUGAUUUGACCACUAAGAUCAAACCAGAAGCUCUUCAGAGCGCAAAGACAACACUGAUCAAUCCUCCUACUUGCUUCGAUGAUCAAUAUAAUGGCGAUCGGGAUGAUUAUGAAAUUUUAAUGGAAGAACUGCAGAGUGUAAUUGUAGAUGGCGGUUUUAGCUCCAUGGUGCCAGUGCCGCAAGGUACAGAACGCAACGCAUUGCGGAUAGGUAUUCAGUCACUGGCCUCACCGAACUGGCAGUGCAAAAAUCCACAGGACAUACUGAAGGUACUACAUGCGUUGAGAGGACUUCUUCGAUUUUCAUUUGGAGCGGCUGUCAUUACUGUACCGACGUAUCUUUAUGAUGCUGCGUUUCAAAGGCGGCUACAGCAUAUGUGUGACGCAGUAGUAGAGAUUGAAUCAUUUGCUGGCUCACUUAAGCACUCAUCAGCAUCCUAUGCGCAAACAUAUCACGGAUUCUUUCAUGUACACAAAGUACCUGUUUUGAACUCUCUUUUGCCGUCCAGCACCAAGCUCUCCGUCUUAUCUGGGGACGGCAGCAAUAACUUAGGAUUCAAGCUCAGACGCAAGCGAUUUGCUAUUGAGACGUUUCAUCUUCCGCCUGAAGGAGGUGUGUCAACUAGACGAACUGAACCCAAAGAGGAGGCUAGUAAAAAAGAAGAUCAAUCGAAAGGACGACUGGUAUCUUCUUUAGCUUCCAUGUCAUUAGAUAGAACGCCUAAGGUGGGAUGUGGAUCAACGCCUUCACGUAAAGACCCGUUAGAUUUCUAGACGUGUGGCAAAAAACACAAACAUCCAUUCUAAAUAUAAACUCAAAAACCCCAUUCAAGAAAAAAAAAACUGUGAGCCCUGCCUGUC